CCCCGCAGUCCUGCAGCCCCAGUCCCGGAGUCUCUGCUCUUGUGUCUCAGUCCCGGAGUGUCAGUCGCAGUGAUGGAGGCGAUUAAGAAGAAGAUGCAGAUGCUGAAGUUGGAGAAGGAGAAUGCGAUUGAUCGAGCGGAUCAGGCCGAGGCGGAUAAGAAACAGGCGGAGGAUCGGUGCAAACAGAUAGAGGAGGAGGUGAUGGAUUUGCAGAAGAAGACAAAAGGCACCGAGGAUGAGGUGGAGAAAUAUUCCGAGUCAGUGAAGGAUGCUCAGGAGAAGUUGGAGAUGGCGGAGAAGAAGGCCACUGACGCUGAGGCUGAAGUAGCAUCCUUGAACAGGCGCAUCCAGCUGGUAGAGGAAGAGUUGGACCGCGCUCAGGAACGUCUUGCGACCGCUCUGCAGAAACUGGAAGAAACAGAGAAAGCAGUGGAUGAGAGCGAGAGAGGAAUGAAGGUCAUUGAGAACAGGGCCACCAAGGAUGAGGAGAAGAUGGUGGACCAAGAGCAGCAGCUGAGAGAAGCUAAAACCAUAGCAGAGGAAUCAGACCGCAAGUAUGAGGAGGUGGCCCGUAAGCUUGUCGUCAUUGAGGGGGACCUUGAGCGUUCUGAAGAGCGAGCUGAGGUGGCUGAGAGUAAAUUUGGGGAUCUGGAGGAAGAGCUGAAGAACCUCACGAAUAACUUGAAAUCCCUUGAGGCCCAAGCAGACAAGUAUUCUUCAAAGGAAGACAAAUAUGAAGAGGAGAUCAAUCUGCUGACUGAGAAGCUAAAAGAAGCUGAGAGUCGAGUUGAGUUUGCUGAGAAAUCUGUGGUUCAACUAGAGAAGACCAUCGAUGAUCUGGAAGAGAGCCUGACUGCUGCUAAAGAAGAGAAAAUUGAACUGAACCAGACCCUGGACCAGACAUUAGUGGAGCUGAACAACAUGUAGAUGUUCCCAAUGUUCCUUCACGUCCUCCCUCUUGUCCUCACUUCUGAGCUCCAUGUAAUGACUGCACUUUGUAUGAAAUGGAUCUCUGUGUGUCACAACAUUCCCUGAUCACAUUCCCAGUAUCUGCAGCUGGACCCUCACUCACCCUCGUACUUCAUCCUGGAGAAAAGCUUCUUUAUCUUCCUCAACUAGACUUUUAUACUGUAAUGUCCUCAUUGUGCAGCUUGUUGUGUGGUUGCAGCACUUAAUGUCCCCCCUAUUGUUUCCUUCAUGUAAACCCCACGCUGAGCUCAACCCAACACUCCAGGAGCCAAAACAUUAAAUACAGGUAAGUAGGGAUGGGCGAAUUUGACCUGUUUCGUUUCGCCAAAAAUUCACCGCCGGUGAAAUGUCGCAGACAGGCAUUAAAGUCUAUGGGCGUCAAAAUUUUUUUGUUGUGCGGCAAAUUUUUUUUGACGUGUGUCUUAUUUUUUUUGACGCACAACGCCAUACAAGUCUAUGGGCGUAAAUUUAUUAGCGAAACAAGGUGAAAAAAAUUCGCCCAUCCUUACAGGUAAGGCCUUAAUCGGUGACAGAUGGCAAGCUCAUAUGCCCAGGCCUGAGUUUGGAUUCCCCACGGCAACUGUAUGUUUCAGAUGAAUGGGGGACAGAGAGGUAAUGUCUGACCAAUUACGUGUUGCUUUAAGGCAAAGAAUGAAAGGCCUACGAGGGAAUCUGCCCAGUCUAUUCCAUGUUAUUAUUCCUUGAGAUAAACAAAUAAAGUGCAUUGAUUUAAUUUAA